AUGGAGUCGGGUGUCUACGAGGAGUCUGCCGCCACCCAGACGGGUCCCCUCACGGGUGGUUGGUCUCUCUAUGAGGAGGAUAGCAGCAGCAGCAGCAGCAACAGCAGCAGCAGCACCAGCAACCUUACUGAGGAGCCCCAUGUCUUCUUGCUGCGCGGCGGCAGAUGGAGCGGCGCAGCACAGGACUACAAGCCUCUAAGACCGGCUGAAGCAGCAGCAGCUGCUGCUGCUGCUGCCGCUGCUGCUGCUGCUGCAGCGGCAGCAGCAAACCUAGCUGAUGGAAGAACACAACAAAGAGCUAAAGGCAGCAGACUAGCCCCACCCAUGACGCUGCUGCUGCGUGCCCUUGGCGUGCUGCUGCUGAUGCAGCUGCUGCUGCAUGCAGCUGUUAAUGGCAUGUUUAUUAAUAGGCAGCAGCAGCAGCGGCAGCAGCACCAACAGAAUCAGCAGAUUGCUCCUCAGCAGCAGCAGGAUACCCCUCCUUCCCCUCCAACCCCUCCUCCCCAUAUCCAACAAGACCAGCAGCAGCAGCAGCAGCAAGACAUGCAGCAGCAGCAGCAACAGGAAGAAGAAGGAGAGUAUGAAUUAAUAAGACGCUUCUUCACCUCGCAGCUGCAGCGCGACUCCUCUGCCUGGCGUGCUGCAUGCAACAAGGCAUUUGGGGCUUUAAAGAGGUUCCCUGGGGGCCCCCCAGGUACCCAAGGAGGUCCAUAUGUAGGGGGCCCCUAUAGUGAGCUGCUGCAGCAGCUAAAACAGCAGCAGCAGCAGCAGCAGCAGCCAUCAGAGGAGGUGCUGCAGCAGCUGCAUGCAGCUGUUGCAGAGAUGAGGAGAGUUGCAAGAAAUUUUAAGGCACUAAAGAGGAUAUGGGAGGGUGCUGCUGCAGGUGCUGCUGCUGCUGCUGCUGCUGCUGCUGCUGCUGCAGCAAAAGGAACAGGUUCAACCAGUACUAUAGACAAACAGCAGCAGCAGGAGCUGCAGCAAGAAGAAGAGCAGCAGCAGCAGCAGGGUCUGCUGCUGUACUUCGAUCGUGUGUCUGCUGCACAAGAUUCCUUAAUAACAUUUGUUGAUGGUUUGCUGCAGCAGCACCCAUCAAACAGCAGCAGCAGCAGCAGCAGCAGCAACAUAAACAGCAGCAGCAGCCCCACGACCACGACCAUCAACAGCAGCACAACAACAAGCAGCAGCAGCAGCAGGAGGAGAGGAGCAGGGAAUAGUCUAAGUGCUGCUGCCUACGUAGAGGCAAUAAGACAAUUAGGGGAGAUAGAGCUGCUGCUGCAUGCAGAGGCAAAAGAAUUAUUUGAAUUAAAUAAUGAUUUGCAUGCGCAUGUGCAGCAAAUGCAGCAAAGGAGACAGUCUCCUAUUCGUCUUGGAGGUGCAGCAGCUAAACAUAAUACAGCAGCAGCAGCAGCAGCAGCAGAUAAUGUAUUGCUGCAGCAGCAGCAGCAGCAGCAAGAUCCCAGAGAGAGAAGCAGAAGAGUACAAAUCAGAUUGCCCUAA